UCGCUCUCCGCCAAACCUCUUACGAAUAUGUUCUGCUUUUAAUUUUCCCACCAAAACACGUGAGACUCCAAUUUUCUAAAUCGCAGCUAAAGUCGCAGGAGCUCGAUUCUCUGGGGUGGGGUGGCGGCGAUGUUUGGUGUUCCGGGAAAGGGCUCGGAAAGGGAGUAUGGAUCCAUGUAUGGUGGUGGAGACUUUGGAGAUAUUUGGUGUAAGUACUUUUCUCAGAUUGAGCUUGGCGAUGAAAAAGUUGUGUCCAACGUUGUUUCUCUGAUGAUUUCCUUCUUUUCCUCACCACCCGCGCAAAAUCUCCUUUCUCAGGUCAAGGGUGAUAAUGGCAUAUACAUUUUCUCGGUCGACUUUCAACGAUUUCGAAAGGAUUGCGAUAUUCAUGAAUUUUAUGAAUUGUUGGAGGAUAAACCGAAGAUUGCUCUUUUAUGCAUGAGUGCUUCAGUACAUAAGGUACUGCUGAACAAAUGGAAUGAAAGCGAAUUGGAGGAUGGUACCAAAGUAAACAUACGUCUGCAUAAUUAUCCUCAAUCUUUGAUUGCCUUGAAGAACCUAAAAGCCGCAUAUAUUGACAAGCUUGUAUCUGUUCGUGGCUCCGUAGUAAAAGUUAGCACUGUUAGGCCUCUUGUGGUUGAAAUGAGUUUUGACUGUGCCAAGUGUAAGACAAAGAUUUUAAGAAUAUUUCCUGACGGGAAAUUCUCGCCACCAACGAUCUGUUGCUUCGAUGGAUGCAAGAGCAAAAGUUUUAUUCCAAUUCGAUCAACUGCUCAGACAAUAGAUUUUCAGAAAAUAAGAAUACAGGAGCUCCUAAAGCCUGAGGAUCACGAGGAGGGCCGGGUUCCUCGAACUGUAGAGUGUGAGUUGACUGAAGAUCUAGUUGAUGCCUGCAUCCCUGGAGAUGUGGUGACUGUUACUGGAAUUAUAAGAGUAAUUAACAAUUACAUGGAUAUUGGCGGAGGGAAAUCAAAAAGUAAAAGUCAAGGAUUUUACUAUUUGUAUCUAGAAGCCAUAUCAGUCAAAAACUCCAAGUCACUUUGUACAUCUGAAGACCCUGAAGAUUCUAAAUCUCAUGCACGACCAAUGGAGCUUUUUGACUUAUUCUCAUUCUCUUCAAGGGAUUUGGAAUUUAUUGUGAAGUUUUCUAAGGAACAUGGUUCAGAUACCUUCAGACAACUGCUUCAAUCUAUCUGUCCAUCUAUCUAUGGUCAUGAGCUUGUUAAAGCGGGAAUAACACUUGCACUACUUGGAGGUGUAAGAAAACAUUCAAAUGAUGGCAACAAGGUUCCUGUAAGAGGAGACAUCCAUGUCAUCAUUGUUGGUGAUCCUGGACUAGGGAAGAGCCAACUCCUGCAAGCAGCAGCAGCAGUUUCUCCGAGAGGCAUUUAUGUGUGUGGUAAUGCUACAACAAAAGCUGGCUUGACUGUAGCUGUUGUAAAGGAUCCAAUGACAAGUGAUUAUGCUUUUGAAGCAGGUGCCAUGGUACUUGCAGACAGUGGAUUGUGCUGCAUUGAUGAGUUCGAUAAAAUGACUUCAGAGCAUCAGGCUUUACUUGAAGCCAUGGAACAGCAGUGUGUCUCCAUAGCGAAGGCUGGACUAGUAGCAAGUUUGUCAGCACGUACUUCUGUCUUAGCAGCAGCAAACCCCGUCGGUGGUCAUUACAACCGUGCAAAAACAGUGAACGAAAAUCUGAAAAUUAGUGCCGCUCUGCUGUCACGAUUUGAUUUGGUCUUCAUAUUGCUAGACAAGCCUGAUGAACUUCUGGAUAAGAGGCUCUCAGAGCACAUCAUGUCACUUCACUCUAGGUACACAGAGCAUGCACCACCAGCAAAAAAAAUACGACGAGAAGCUACGCAGAAUGAUCAAUGCAUAGUAGAUGGUGGUUCAUUAGUGUCAAGGUUGAGACUAGACCCAAAGAAGGAUGGUGAUUUUGCUCCAUUGCCAAUUCAACUUCUCCGCAAAUAUAUUGCCUAUGCAAGAAAUUUUGUUUUCCCUAGGAUGUCAAAGCCAGCAGCUGAAAUCCUACAGAAGUUCUACUUAAAACUAAGAGAUCAUGCUACAUCAGCUGACAGUACACCAAUAACAGCUAGACAACUUGAGAGUUUAGUGAGGCUGGCAGAGGCUAGAGCUCGCCUAGAUUUAAGAGAAGAAAUAACAGCCCAAGAUGCAAUGGAUGUAGUUGAAAUCAUGAGAGAGUCCCUCUACGAUAAGUAUGUUGAUGAGAAUGGUUUUGUGGACUUCGGUCGGAGUGGUGGUAUGAGUCAACAAAAAGAGGCCAAAAGGUUCUUAAGUGCUCUCAACAAACAGUCGGAGUUGCAGCAGAAAGAUUGUUUUUCUAUCUCAGAAAUAUACAGUUUAGCUGACCGGAUUGAACUAAGAGUUCCUGAUAUGGAUGCCUUUAUUGAUAAUUUAAACAGUGUUGGUUAUCUACUCAAGAAGGGACCAAAGACAUAUCAGGUGCUGUCUUCAUCUUAUUCGCGGAGCCAAUCAUCAAGGUCAAGGAUCUAAAAUUACAACUACAAGAUUAGAAUAAAGAGAGCUGUGUUUUGAAAACAAAAAAGAGCUUCAAGAGAUUGAGAAAGCAAUCUCCUCAUGUACAUAAUCAAUUAAAAGAAGCCAAGUUUGUUGUUCUCAGAAUAUGUAGAAACGUUAAGUCUUCUUUUCUUAUAGUAGUGUAGUGUAAUUAGUUUUGGUCAUACUUGGAUCAGAAAAUUCCUGAUUUCCAUCUAUAGCUUCUAAUCUAUACUUUGAGAGAAGAAUAUUGUAAUGGUGGAGCGUGAAGAUGAUGAUGGUUUUUGUAGUAAAUGGUGGUAAAUAGAUUAUACAGUAAA